AGAGGACGACAGGGCAUGAGAUGGUAUGUGAAGCACGUGACCUGCUGUUUAUUACAGCUGAGUUCGUCCCUGUGCUGAUUCUGGGUUGGAGUGACGCGGACUCUGGGGUUGGGGCUUGUCUUCUGGCAGCAGAGCCAUCCCCGUCUUCACAGAUAUUUCCUGAGCUCCUACCGUGCCUCAAACCGGCAUGUGUCAGGCCCCCGGGUGUUUGUGUUCUAGAGCCAGAGACACUGUGCAAGUGAUCCGAAGCUUCCCAGGUGUGAUGGCUGUGGGAGGAGUUGGCGGGUGACAAGCUGGAGCUCCACGGGGUACUUGAGUUAACCUGUGGUGGAGGAGGGCUUCUCUGAGGGGUGUUUCAGCCGAGCCCCUGGGUGCCCACAAAGGCCCUGAGGCCACAGUGAGCCUAGUACGACCACUGAGCAGGAACAAGACCCAGUGGCUCUGGUUGCUGGAGCGUCAGGAUCAAGGAGUGUCGGGGUGCAGAUGCCACAGGACCUUGGAAGGACAGUUUUAUUCUGAGAACAGUCAGAAGUUUUGACACAGGGAAGUUACUCUCUCCAGCUUUCGUGUGCAGUGGAUUAGAGGGCGAGAUUUGGUGGCCGGCCUCCCUGCCCAGCCAGCAGCCUCCCAGCAGGGAAAGGCUCGAGUGCCCAGAGCUCCCAGGCAGCACUGCCCCCGUGCUGCCUCUUCAGGUCCACUGUGACUCAGAGGCUUAAUGGGGAGACCGGCCUUCUCAGCUGGUUCGCCCAUGCCCUGAGGCAGGCCUGCUGUCCUCAGCCCUGCAGUGGCUCCCUCGUGUUUGGGCGUGACAUGGUCCCAGGGUGGGGAGAAGGGCGCGCCAUGUCAGAUGAAUUUCUGCGUGGGCAGCGCCUGGAUCCACACUUCUGCCAAUGGACCAGGAAUUGUGUUAACAUCUUGUGUCAGGCAGGGCUUUGGGGUGUGGGGUACCUUUCCUCUGUGCCCCCGUUCCCCAGCCCGCGGUUUGGGGCAUGAAGCGGCCGCCUGUGGCCUGGAAAUGUGGUUGUGUUGGGAUGGGCGCUCGCCCUCACUGACAUCUCUUCAGACAUGGUUACUUGCCCUGGAAUCUGGCUUCUCCCUGCAGGCUUUGGUUGCCCCUUCUGAGUCCUGACCCCAGGACGUGGCUGGGGAAAGGGCCUGCCUCUUUGGAUCCUUGUUUCCCAUUUCUGACAGUACCAGAACGGACUCCCUGUGUCAGUGAGUGUCUGGUGGGUCCUUCCAACCCCUUGCCCACCCCUCUGCCCUUGCUCUCCUCUCCUGCACCCCCAGCCCUGCUCAGGGCAGCCUUCUCCGCCCCAGCACUUGCCCUGGCUUGUUGGAUGCGAUUCUCUGAGGCUCUCGCUGGGGCGCCCGUCCUGUGAGCGCAGGUCGUGGUUCCUUCACUCAGCAAAUCCAUGCCAACCCUGGGAGAAUGGAGUUUGGGAGUGGAGUGAGCAGCCCCGCUGCAGGAUUCCGAGGAGCCCCAGUGCGCUCUCCUGGAUGCUGCUGCUAGUAUUCUCCAGCCCCAGUGACUUCCUUCUCCAGCAGACCCAGGGUAAGUACUUCAGGCUCGCCUCCUCUGUGAAAGUUGAGAGGUUUUCUGUUGUGGACACUUGGGAAGGAGACAAGGUGGAAAUCUAGGGUGGGAUCCUGGCUCCAGCACCAAUUGCUGAGUGCUCUUAAGGCAAGUCCUGUUCCUCUCUCAAGUUUCUCCUUGGAAAAUGGGGGAAACCCCAUUUGCUCCCACCGAGCCUGGCAUAUGGUUUCUGACUGGGAGGAUAGGGGAUGCGAGGCGCAGAUUUAAGGUCCUUCUCCUCCAGCAGGCUGGGUCGCAGACUGUGUGUGGUCGCAGACUCUGGGGAUAGCUGGAGCUCAGUUGUGCCGUGUUUUCUUUGCUCUUUGGGGUCCGGCAGAUCGGCAGUGACCUUGGAGGGGAGUGCUUGGCUGGCACGCGAGCAGGGAAGGGUCAUGCCUUCAGGUCGCGGGGCUCCGCGUAGAGCCCUCCUGGAGGAGGCACCAUCGUGGGCGCUGGGGGCUGCUAGUGUGAAGCCUGCGGGGCGGCGCUCCCAGGGAGGCGCUGAUGAAAGGCAUGGGACAUGGGACUCAUGGCAGGCAGUUGGAGCCCCAGACCGCAAGUAGCGCCAGCCCGAGGGCCCCCAGGCCCUGCUCAUCUCGGGAGAGCUCGGCGGGCGCGGUGCCUCCUGGGCGUCUUGGGUCUUGAGGGCCGUGGGCUGGGGCGCGUGCAGCCCCUCUCUGCACACGCCCCUUCCGCGCCUCAACGACGCGUCGGAGCGCCGGGAAGGGCUCGGCCCCGAUGGGCGUCGGCAAUUGGUGGAGGGGCGUGCACAUGGGGCGGGGCUGUCUGCGGAUUGGUCGGGCCCGGCGGGGGCGGGCCCGCGCAUGCACUUAAGGAACGGCGCCGCAGCCGAGGCGGGGCAGUGUCAAGAUGUCGGCGGCAGUCCCGGAGCUGAAGCAGAUCAGCCGGGUGGAGGCUAUGCGCCUGGGGCCGGGUUGGAGCCACUCGUGCCACGCCAUGCUGUACGCCGCCAACCCCGGGCAGCUCUUCGGCCGCAUCCCUAUGCGCUUCUCGGUGCUGAUGCAGAUGCGCUUCGACGGGCUGCUGGGUUUUCCCGGGGGCUUCGUGGACCGGCGCUUUUGGUCUCUGGAGGACGGUCUGAACCGGGUACUGGGCCUGGGCCUGGGCUGCCUGCGCCUCACGGAGGCUGACUACCUGAGCUCGCACCUGACCGAGGGCCCGCACCGCGUCGUGGCGCACCUGUACGCACGGCAGCUGACGCUGGAGCAGCUGCACGCCGUGGAAAUCAGCGCGGUGCAUUCGCGCGAUCACGGCCUGGAGGUGGGGCCGCCGCCCGGGCCCCGCCCCCCGCCCCGGGGUUUGGCUCUGGCCCCGUGGAAGGCACCGAUGGGUGCUGGGGCUUGUGCGAGUCCCACUUUACACCCAAAAGGACCGAGUCGGUGGCUUUCCCAACUUCCUGAGCAACGCCUUUACCAGCACCGCCAAGUACCAGUUGCUCUUUGCGCUCAAGGUGCUCAACAUGAUGCCGGAAGAGAAGCUGGCUGAGGCUUUGGCAGCUGCCACUGAGAAGCAAAAGAAAGCCCUGGAGAAACUCCUCCCGUCUUCUUCCUGAGCACAGGCUGCAGGCAGCUCCAGGACAUGGCAUAGAAGCACUGGCCAGGUGUACAGAAUGACAGCCGCAGAGCCACCACAGACACGAAGGUCACCACUGGCAGUCUCCUAUGGCCCGAUGUCCAGAAGGACACCUCCGUGAAGCUAACAAAGUUUCCACAGCACCUGCUCGGCCUGGUAAGGAAAGCUGUGCUCUGGCCCAGCCUGAGCGCCUGUUCCGCCUUAGAGCCUCGAUGAAGUGGCCAGCACGUGGGGGCAAAGGCACUUCAUUCUGUAAAUAAAAUACCUGUACCUUGUUCCUCUCUUACUUCCUUGGGGCUUGGGAGUGUGCGUCACUCUUCAGAUCGCUUUUGUGGACUGGAUGGGGCUGGGAGCAAGGGCAGCCGACAGAGGGCUACCGGGCACUGCCAGAGCAGGAGGGGGUCAGCUGGUCCGCCCUGCUCUGCACAUGGUGGUCUCUGUCCUGACAGAGGGGGCUUGGGUCCCAGGGGGUUACUGAAGUUGGGGUCUCAGCCUGGCUUGCCCCUGGCCUCAGUCUGUCAGUCAGCAGUGUGUGUGGCAUGACCAGGAUGGAGCCGCUCACCAUCAGAGCUUACAUUUUAUUUUCCAGCAAAUGACAUAUGCUGUCCAGGUGCCUAAUCCUCUCCAUGGGGCACCUGUGGUGUACGGGGAUCUGCUCUCUCCCACCGUGGCCCUGCCCACUCUGGGCCUCACCCCCACGUUCUGGCCUACAGGCCCCCGUCCUGCUUCUGUGGGGGCCUCACUCCUCGCACCGGCCACAGCCCUGUGCUGCUUCUGCUGGCUGCUCGGGAGGCUGGAUCCUCUGGCCCGCUGGGGCCCGGCCCGCCACAGCCGCUUGCUGUCCGCACUCCUGUCUUCCAGGCACACAGCUUCAGGGUGGAUCAGUCACCCAACGUCAGAUUCUGAGAAGGGAAAGGGAAGACUGAAGGGGGAGCUCACCGCUGCCCAGUGCGCCCUGCUCUCGCAGCCCGGGGCCUGGCCGGACGGACACUCACCGUCCCUCCCAGCUAAGGCUCCCGCCAGUUCUCCUUCCCGUUCAGCACUUGCAGCUUCUCCAAGCUCUGGGUCACUGAGCAUAGCACUCGCCCUGAGGAUGGGAGCAAUUAGUUACUGCUUUGCAAGUGUGAGAAGAAGGGGUAUGGGGGGUGGUGCCUAGGACUGCGUCACCAUGAGGGAUAGUGGGCUAGGGCAGGGCUGACCCAGGGGUUGCAGCUGACCAGGCAGGGCUCUCCCUAUUCACCCACUUUUGGCCCCUGGUGUGGGUGAGGCCACUGGCUGCCUUCCCAGAGACGCACCCAUUUCCUGGACUCGAUCCUCCAGUGCUCCUGACAGCUCAGGGAGGCUCAGAGUCUGCAGCGAGGCCUGCCAGCCGCUGGAAUCUGUGGAACAGAGAGCCAGGUAGGCCUAGGGUUGGUGUGGUCACCGCAGGUCCCGCCUCUGUCCUAAGCUGCUGCGACCAGGGGACCCACUCAGUUGUCGGUUCCUGCAUGACCGCCUUGUUACACCAAAACGUAUUGUCCCACUGUUGCUUCAAAGUACUAAUGGUCAGUCUGGGCCCUGCCCCAGGAAUGAAAGCAUGAGGGUCCCUGGCCUACAGUGAGGUUUUGUCCUGGGGUAGCCCCAGCUGUAGGCUGCAGAAGUCACCUGAGAUCCUGGAUAACACAGAUAGCCAGAGCCCAAGGGCUUUGCCUCCCACCAGGGGGAAGAAAUCGGGGAGAAAAGGUGCCCUCCCUCUGGAGUGUGGGAUGGUACGGAGAAGAGCAGCAGUGAGUGUGAUCACUGCUGGAACAGGUGGUUAACACUGGGCCUAGGGCAGCGUCUGUGUGAUCCAGGGCUGGACACUGUUCUUACCAGCUGUGGGGAGGAGGGCUCUGCCCAGGGGGGACCCUCGGGUGGGCACCUCCUGCUUCACUCUGGCUGACAGCUCCGCUUGGCAGGCUCUGUCAGACACAAGACCAGGUGCUGGUGAGGAAGAGGCCUGGCAGUAGUGCCUGGCCCCAGAGAGUGGCAGACACCCCCACCCCCAAUCUCCCCGUCAGGUGGGGCUCUGCCUUAAUUGCAGGCUCCCAAGGCCCGAGACACAGGCAGAGGAUGAGUUGCACACUGCGUGCAGGCUCUCGGGGCCCUAUGUGCUGCCUGGGUCUGCCCUGCAGAAAGGCAAAGCCAGAAUAACACGGAGGAGGGCAGUGAGUGAUCCCAAGAGACCCUAAAAUCAAGCCCUUGGUUGAAGAAUCUUCAGGCAUCGGUGACUCAGGGUCCAGCCUGGGCCUGGGGACCGCUCAGAUACCCACUCACCGCAGCUGCUCCAAGACAAGCGCGGCAUCCCGGGCGAGGGCCCAGGUCUCCUGCAGCUGGGCGUGCACGUCCUUCCGGGCACCGUCCUGCUCCAGGAGGCAGCUCUCCACCACGGCGCGCAGCUCCUGCUCCUGCGACACCUGACCCCGCAUGGCCUCCACCUCCUCACAGCGCUGCGGUGGGAGAGGCCACCGUGAGGUGGGACACGGGGUGGGUGUGUCUGCCUGGCCCCUCCCCUGCUCGCCACCUACCUUGUGCAGCUGGAUGGCGAGCUCCUGCAUCUCCGCUUCGAGCCGGUCGGCAUAGGCCAGUUCUAGGGCAUCGCUGGGGGGACGGGCGCUGCUGUGCCAGCGGGCGAUGGCAGAGGUCAUCUUCCUCUUCGGCCCAAACAAGCUGUAGGGGUGAAGGAGAGAGGUGUACAGAUCUGCGGUCGCUCUCCGUGAGGGUCAGGAAGAUGCGGAGGUCCACGUCCUGCUCCUCGAACACCUGCAGAAAGAAACCCUGGGGAGCCCCUGGCGUGGCUGUCACAGGGACCCAAGCCCUGCGGAGGGAGCGUGGGGUGCAGGCACAUCAGCUGCUUCUCCUGAAUCAACAUUUCCAAGUUGCUCCAAGCUUCUGGGUGAUUCAGAGUUUUGAAAAAAGUUAUUCUGACUACCUCUGCCAGUUUAUUGCCUUUGAUGGAGGAGCCAUCUUUCAAAGGAAUUGAAAGAUGUAGCUGUUCACUGAGCCCGGAAACAAGGCCCCAGAGAGAGCUCCCUGGAGGGGCCACACAGAGAAGCCGGCGAAACUGCGGCUUCCAGUGAACAGCAGAGCUGUGACCUUAAUAAAUGGUGAAAAUGUA